CCUUUAUCUGGGAGGCACACCGGAGAUACACCAUGAUGCCACUCGGAGUACCCAAGCGAGCUUGUCAAGACGUCGUCAUAGGCGAAUACUUCAUUCCGGAAGAUGCGACUGUGGUGACGAACGUCUGGGCGCUGCACAACGAUCCGGCAAUAUGGAAGCACCCGGAUAAGUUUGACCCAGCACGUUUCUUGAAGAGCGACGGCUCACUGUCCCAGGAGAAGCUUCAGAGGGUGAUCCCCUUUUCUGUCGGCAGAAGAAUGUGCCCUGGCGAAAUCUUCGCAUCUGUCGAGAUACACGUAUACUUGACCAGCAUCCUUCAGAUAUACCGCGUUGUUCCGACAAGCGGAAGUGCGGUUCACGUGGAUGUGGAAUACAGUGAAAUUAUGAAGCCCGGACGACACAUGAUGCGCUGUAUUCCGCGAAUGAAUUUUGCACCGUGA